UUAAGAAGUUGUUAUUGCCACCAGCAUCGUCCUUCGCGUUACGAUUCCUUCUUCUAGUACACUAUCACAUUAUUUUUGUGAUUGCUAAAGCUUGAUAUCUUGUUCUAUCAUUUUUUUACAGCUCAAACUGAUCUAAGUACUUUUCCCGCUUACAAGACAAACUAGGAACGUUCGGGGAGGAAACCGUGGUAACCAAACGACCUACAACGACGUUAUUUUGUUGAAGUUGUUGUUCAAGUAGACGCCAUUAAAUUUGUCAAACACGGAAUUUAGAAAAUGUCGCUCGAUUCUUGUGAUAGUGAUUUUUCUUCGUCAGAUGGUCCCGCCAGCCCUACAGAGGAAAUUCCCAAUAUUUUUGAACCGUUUGUAAAGGAAACCGAAGAUUUGUUGGUCGAUUACUUUGGUUUUCGUUUAAGAUCGAAACUAAGGCAGUCGUCUUUGCGUGGACUUCCUCGAGAGUAUUUAAUUCCGCCUGUGAAUCCAAGCAACAAGGCUAUUAAACUCAGAAAUUUAGCUCUCAAUUUGGAAAAUCAGCACGAGCAUCUUUUUAAGCAAAUCUGUUUGAAGGUGGAUUUGUCGGAGUUCCAAGCGAAGAGAAGCUUUGAUCUUAUCGCUGAAGAAAUCUUUUCAAAUGAAAUUCAUUGGGGAAGAAUCGUAUCGCUUAUAACAUUCACUGGUGUAGUUGCCCAUUAUUUAAUCGAGCAAGAGCGCCCAGAAAUGGUGGAGGAAUUGAUGAACUGGCUUUUAAGUUUUGUGCGUGCUAAUCUUAUGACUUGGAUCAUUGCAAACGGUGGCUGGAAUGGAUUUCUUGUUCAUUUUAAUGGCCAAGAACAACAGAAGUCAUUCUGGACCGGGGUAUUUGCAAUGGGUGCAAUAGGUGCAGCUGGUAUAACUCUAUUGGCAAUGUCAAAAUAAUAAAUGUUGCAACAGCUGCAAACCAUUGA